AUUUUGGGCAAAGCGGGGGACGCCAGGGCUGGGAGAAAGAAGAAGCUCAAGGAAGCAGAAGCAGCAGCGUUAUUAUUAUUGCAGGGCGUUGAGGCUGAGAAGUUGGGAAGCGCAGAGAGAGAUUGAGAGAAAGAGGCGGGUCGGGAGCGCGCUCUCAGAGAGAGAAAGGAAGCGCGCUCCCGCUCUUGGCGAUAGUCAGUCUUGACACCGAGGCGCCUUGAUGCUGCAUGAGGAAGAAAGGACGAGGUCCAUUUGUUGCUGUUUGGAAAGAGGUGCCGAAGAAGCUGAAGAGCUACCGCUGGCAGAACCAGGGCAUCCAAGAUCCUUCCUGCAGCCUCUGAGGUUGGACUAAAAGGCCAUUGCCAAGACAGUUUGACAACUGGCUGCUUCUUCGGCUCCUUUGUGCGUAUGCAGACAUAUAUAUUUCUCUGUGGAGGGGGAAGAAAAAGCGGAAGAAGAGGAAGACGGGGUCACUGCUGCUGCUACUGAAGCAUCAUCGCUCGGAGGAGGAGGAGCAGCAGCAGAGAGAGAGGACAAUAUUGUUGCUUCUUCACAACCAGUGCGGCUGAUGGCGGAGUUUGGCAGCAGAGGGGCUGGCAUCCCCAGCAGUGGGGGGAUAGCCUCCCCUCCUAGCCCAGCACUUGGCAAAAUGGCAUUUAAAGCAGGGGAUGGGGAAGGGGGAGGGGGCGGUGGUGGUGGCGGAGGUGGGGCUCCGAGGACCCACUUGGACACCACCGGCAAUGGGGUCUCCAACGGGGACUGUACUCUUUUGGGAACCCGAGAAGACACCGAGGCGGUCCAGCCUGGCAGCCCCAGCGUAGAGAGAGGAUGUUCCACCCUGCACCCAGAUGGCAAAUCUGGUAUCCCCAGAAAAACCAGCAUCAUCAAGGAUGGUACAAAGCAAAAAAGAGAACGGAAAAAGACGGUGUCGUUUAGCAGCAUGCCUACUGAGAAGAAGAUCAGUAGUGCCAGUGACUGUAUCAACUCCAUGGUUGAAGGUUCAGAACUCAGGAAAGUUCGAUCCAACUCUAGAAUAUACCACCGGUACUUCCUUUUAGAUGCAGAUAUGCAAUCUCUGCGUUGGGAGCCUUCAAAGAAAGAUUCGGAAAAAGCAAAGAUUGAUAUUAAAUCCAUCAAAGAAGUGAGAACUGGGAAAAAUACUGACAUUUUUCGUAGUAAUGGAAUUUCUGACCAGAUUUCAGAAGACUGUGCAUUUUCUAUUAUUUAUGGAGAUAAUUACGAAUCUUUAGAUCUUGUUGCAAAUUCUGCUGAUGUUGCAAAUAUUUGGGUGACUGGGCUAAGAUACCUGAUAUCUUACGGAAAACAUACACUAGACAUGCUUGAAAGCAGUCAAGAUAAAAUGCGGACUUCAUGGGUUUCACAAAUGUUUAAUGAAACAGAUGUAGAUAAUUUGGGGCGUGUAUCCUUAUGCAGAGCUGUACAGUUUAUAAAAAACUUGAACCCUGGUUUAAAAACAAGUAAAAUUGAACUGAAAUUCAAAGAGCUGCACAGAUCAAAAGAUAAACCUGGCACAGAAGUCACAAAGGAGGAGUUUGUUGAAGUUUUUCAUGAACUUUGUACUCGUCCUGAGAUUUAUUUCUUAUUAGUUCAGUUUUCUAGCAAUAAAGAAUUCCUUGAUACCAAGGACCUUAUGAUGUUUUUAGAAGCCGAACAGGGUAUGGCACAUGUCACUGAUGAAAUUAGCCUUGAUAUUAUUCAGAAGUUUGAGCCAUCUAAAGAAGGUCAGGAAAAGGGCUGGCUUUCCAUAGAUGGAUUCACAAAUUAUCUUACGUCCCCAGAAUGUCAUAUAUUUGAUCCAGAGCAUAAAAAGAUAUGUCAGGACAUGAACCAACCAUUAUCUCAUUAUUUCAUAAAUUCAUCUCAUAACACAUACUUGAUUGAGGACCAGUUUAGAGGCCCUUCGGACAUCACAGGAUAUAUUCGUGCUCUGAAAAUGGGAUGUCGCAGUGUUGAGUUGGAUGUGUGGGAUGGUCCUGACAAUGAACCUGUGAUUUAUACAGGUCACACAAUGACUUCACAGAUAGUCUUCCGCAGUGUGAUCGACAUUAUUAACAAAUAUGCAUUCUUUGCUUCCGACUACCCUCUCAUUUUGUGCUUAGAAAACCAUUGUUCUCUCAAGCAACAGAAAGUGAUGGUUCAGCAUAUGAAGAAAAUAUUGGGAGACAAGCUGCACACAGAGUCACCAAACAUAGAGGAAUCUUACCUGCCUUCUCCUGAUUCUCUGAAAGGGAAAAUACUAAUGAAAGCCAAGAAACUUUCUUCUAAUUGCUCUGGGCUAGAGGGAGAUGUUACAGAUGAAGAUGAAGGAGCAGAAAUGUCACAGAGAAUGGGAAAGGACGGGGUGGAGCAGCAGAACACUGUCCCAGUGAAACGGUUUCAGCUGUGUAAAGAACUUUCAGAACUGGUAAGCAUCUGCAAAUCAGUUCAGUUCAAAGAUUUUCAGCUUUCAUUUCAGAUGCAGAAAUAUUGGGAAGUUUGUUCCUUUAAUGAAGUGCUUGCUAACAAAUACGCAAAUGAAAAUCCUGGAGACUUUGUGAAUUACAACAAACGCUUCCUGGCUAGAGUUUUCCCUAGCCCUAUGAGGAUUGAUUCCAGUAAUAUGAACCCCCAGGAUUUUUGGAAAUGUGGCUGUCAGAUAGUGGCAAUGAACUUUCAGACACCUGGACUGAUGAUGGACCUCAACAUUGGUUGGUUUCGACAAAAUGGCAAUUGUGGCUAUGUACUACGGCCUGCUAUAAUGCGGGAAGAAGUAUCUUUUUUCAGUGCAAACACAAAGGACAGUGUGCCUGGAGUUUCACCUCAGCUUCUUCAUGUUAAGAUUAUUAGCGGACAGAAUUUCCCAAAACCAAAAGGGUCAGGUGCCAAAGGUGAUGUUGUGGACCCUUAUGUUUAUGUAGAAAUCCAUGGAAUCCCAGCAGACUGUGCAGAGCAAAGGACAAAAACUGUGCACCAAAAUGGGGACAAUCCAAUCUUUGAUGAGAGUUUUGAAUUUCAGAUUAAUCUUCCUGAACUUGCCAUGGUACGUUUUGUAGUGCUAGAUGACGAUUACAUUGGGGAUGAAUUUAUCGGACAAUACACAAUUCCCUUUGAGUGUUUACAGACAGGCUAUCGGCAUGUUCCACUUCAGUCUUUAGUAGGAGAACCUUUAGCACAUACUUUUUUGUUUGUUCAUGUGGCCAUUACAAAUCGAAGAGGUGGUGGGAAACCUCACAAACGAGGUCUUUCUGUUAGGAAAAGCAAGAAAUCCAGAGAGUAUGCCUGUAUGAGGACGCUUUGGAUUAAAACCGUUGAUGAAGUAUUCAAGAAUGCUGUCCAGCCAAUACGGGAUGCCACAGAUUUGAGGGAGAACAUGCAGAAUGCAGUAGGUUUAUUUAAAGAGCUGUGCGGACUUUCUCCUGUAGCAAAUCUCAUGCAGUGCAUUCUGGCAGUAUCUACGCGCUUGGUGAGAUCUGAUAACACACCCUUGGUAGUAAUGAAUCUUAAUGACCAGUAUCCUGCUAUGGAGCUGCAAGGGAUUGUUCCAGAGGUUUUGAAAAAAAUUGUGACAACGUAUGAAAUGAUGAUUCACAGUAUCAAGACUCUGAUAGAAAAUGCAGAUAAUGUAUAUGAAAAAAUAGUCCAGUGCCAAAAGGCAGCAAUGGAGUUCCAUGAAAACCUACAAAGUAUAGGAGCCAAGGAAGGUUUAAAGGAGAGAAAACUUCAAAAAGCAGUUGAGAGUUUCACCUGGAAUAUUACAAUUUUAAAGGGCCAAGCGGAUCUUCUCAAAUAUGCUAAAAACGAGGCACAGGAGAACCUAAAGCAAAUACACUAUGCUACUGUUUCAUGUGGACUGAACAAGCCAGGAUCGGAAAAUUCAGAGUCUUCAAAACCUCGUCGAAGCCUGGAAGCUAUACCUGAAAAGGCAGCUGAAGAAAAUGGAGAAUGAAAGAAAAUUCUCACUAUUUGGAGUUUAUAACUCUUCAACCAUUGUAGCUGCACAGGACAUUUUGCUUUGCACUUACUAGGGGAGGGGAGGGGUGGGGAGAUCCUGGAAUUUCAAAAGCACAACUGGAAAAGCUAAUUACAAUCCAUGAAAACUGUGAAUGUAUGUAAUGUGUGUGAGGGCAAUUGGAUUGUUCUACCAUGAGACAAUACUGCUGGCUAAAACACGCUGUAUAUGUGUAAACAAUGUUCAUGAUUCAAUAACAGUGUGCAGAAAAUACCAUUGUCACCAAACAGAGAAACACAAUGGUCUUCUUGACUGGAAAUAUGCUAUUAUGGUAAGGGAAGGAGCUUUUGUCAUUGCUCAGAAAAGUGCCUUGAUUUGGGGGGAAAAUCUAGGUGUACGAUACAAUUUCCUUGAUUUAGGAGCAGUGCAGUUCUACAGUCGUCCUGAGGUAAAUAGAUUAAUUGUUGCACAUCUGACCCCCCCCCCCCCGACCCCCUUUUUAAAAAAGCACACAUUUUACCCAAUUGUGUGGUUCAGAUACUUGACAGUGUUGAAUUCUGAAAGUGCUACAGUUGUUCUGGGUUUCUUUUUUGUUCUUGUUGAGCCAUAAAUAAAAAGGGGAAUGUAAAGACGAAGUGCUUACCCACGACGCAGCACACUGUGCGAGACCCAUUGCAUAAGGAGGAACAUGUGCAAUCGGUCUGCCAUUCAAUGCCUGAGUAAAGUGCAUAACCUAUUUACACUGAAGAACAUCUACAGAUGUCUACAGUUAAUGUAAACGUGACCAAACUGCAAACAAAAACAUUGUAAAUAAUUUUAUCAUUUUGUGGAUGUGAAGAAGUAUUCACAUUAAAAUGUUUUAUGAUACAA